CCAGAAGUUAUUCCUCCCAAAAGCUUGUCUCGUUAACCAUCCGUCGACGAAACCUCCGACAUUCACCACAUCUCUGCACCCGCGCGCACCGAGCAAUUGGACGACCGCUCACUCACAGCGACACAUACGCGCAUCCAUAGUUUCUUAGACAAUCACCGCAUACCAUAACACACGCACGCCCAUUGCACGGGGAGGAAAACGGACAAACACCAAGGGUGCUAACACCCAAGAAAACACAUCCAAACCCCCAAAACUUCAAACAAAAGAGAAAGAAACACACAAUGCCCCUCGACACCAGCACAUACUCCCUCGCGCUCCUCCGCCUCGACGGCCGGCGCUGGAACGAGCUGCGCCGGAUCCACGCGCAAAUCAGCACGCAGGCCGCCGCGGACGGGUCCUCCUACCUGGAAAUGGGCAACACGAAGGUUCUCUGCACGGUGACGGGCCCCGCGGAGGGCGGACGAACGCAGCAGCAACCGGGUCAACGAGGAGGCAAAGACAACGAGGCCCGAGUGGAAGUCGAGAUCGGAUUCGCGGGCUUCAGCGGCGUGGAGAGGCGGAAGAGGAGGGCCGGAGGCGAUAAACGCAUCCAAGAGCUCCAGCACACCCUCUCCCGCGCCUUCGCCUCGACACUCCUAACGCACCUCUACCCCCACUCCACCAUAACGCUGCACCUCAACGUCCUCUCGCAGGACGGCUCCCUGCUAGCGGCGUGCAUCAACGCGUCCACGCUCGCGCUCAUCGACGCAGGAGUCCCGAUGUCAGACUACCUCGUCGCGUGCACCGCUGCGUCCACGUCGUCCACCACCACGACUGAUGACAGCGGCGGUGAUCCACUACUCGACCUGAAUCUCCUCGAGGAGCAGGAACUCCCGUUCUUGACUGUUGCGACGCUCGGGGCGAGUGACAAGGUCGCGGUGCUGAUGUGUGAGAGUAGGGUUAAUGUCGCGAGGGUGGAGGGGAUGCUGGCGGUGGGGGUUGAGGGGUGUAAGCGGAUGCGGGGGAUCUUGGACGGCGUGGUUAAGGGGUGUGGGAAUAGGUUUUCGUGAAAUCGUACAAAAGGAGAUAAGGGAAAACGGAGGAGAUAGAUGAUUGAUACCUUUUUGGGAGAUAUAUACGUUGUGCAAUAAUGGAGCAAUAAAAGUUGAUACCCCACCCCCCUCCCACUUUCUCACGCGUCCCAUGC